UCCGAGAUGUCUACAGAUGCUUCUCCUACCCCGCCUGAGUCGACCGAGCCUAGCCACCGACAGCAGCCAUUCCAAAAAAGCUUCUCUUGUGUUCUCUGCGCACAAAGAAAAGUUAGAUGCGACAGAACUGCAGGCGGCUGCUCCAACUGCAUCAGGUCACGUGUGAAUUGUGUAUAUAAGACCCCGCCACCUCCACGAAGGCAGAAGCGGGGGUUGAGAGAGGUGGACAGCCGCGCUCGACUUCGCAUUUACGAGGAAGUGCUGCGCAAACUUGGCGUUGAUCCCGAGGCAUUGGUCGCACAGGAGUUGAAUCGGGCAAAGAAGAGGGCCUCCAUCAGUGAGAGCCGGGCUGUGAACGAUUUCUACGAGGCCGUGCUGCCUGACGAAGUGAAGUCUGGACGGAGAUGCGAUGAGGGACUUUUGGUCUCUGAAUCUGGAAAGUCGAGAUAUCUUGAGAACACGCUGUGGACGAGCUUGAAAAGUGAGUUCCGCGACUCAGAUGUCCUUGAAGACAGCUCGUCCGAUGAAGAUGGCGGCUCGGCCUCUCUUUCUUCCUUCUCGCCCACGAACGGUGGGAGCCUGUUGUUGAGCUCUUCAAGAUCGGGUAUUGACCUACAUUACCUCCAUCCGCACCCAGCCCAGGUCUUCAAACUUUGGCAGACCUACCUCGACAACGUCAAUCCGCUCGUAAAGGUUUUUCAUACACCCACUGUUCAGCAGAUCGUUUCGAGUGCGGCGGGUAGUAUCGAAGAUAUCCCGAAAAAUACCGAGGCCUUACUGUUUGCGAUAUAUGCCGUAUCGGUUGAAUCACUCAGUGAGCCUGAGUGUUUGAGUAUCAUGGAUGAAUCGAAAACUGGAGUGAGUAGAAGGUUUAGGUCAGCUACACAGGUGGCACUGGUGAAUGCCAAUUUCAUGAAGAGUUCAGACCCCAUGGUGCUGCAGGCUCUUACGCUGUUCAUUGCAUCUUUGUAUAAUGAUGAUCCUCGCGUCAUAUGGGUUUUGACUGGCGUUGCAUCGCGUAUCGCUCAACGACUGGGCUUGCACCGUGAUCCCGAUACACUCAAUCUUCCACCAUUCGAAAGCGAGAUGCGAAGAAGAUUGUGGUGGCAGAUCGUAAUGCAGGAUGGCUUUGCUGAAAAGCUGGCCGGGACAGGCAGGACCUCAAUCGGUUCUGCUGUGAAACCGCCACUCAACCUCAACGAUAGUGACCUAUUCCCAGGCAUGAAGGAACCUCCCAAGGAACAUGAUGGCGCAACCGAGAUGAUGUUCUUUCUCAUUCGUGUCCAUCUCGGUGAAUUCCUUUCCAAAUCCACAAUCAACGCUCCCUCCAAUUUCGACGGCGUCUGGAACAAACUCACGACUAGCACCGCUAGCCUAGACGUCAAGUUACAAGCAAUCACUGAACUCGAGACCAUGUAUACGCGCAAAUUUUUGCGAUACUGCGACGAAUCUGUGACAUGGCACGGCAUCUGCGCCUUACUCAUCAAGUCGAUCAUUGCGAUGCUGCGUUUCAUGGCACACACACCCGAUCACAGCUCUCGCAACCGCUCCAAAGAAACUCCCACAGCUUCCUCAUCAUCUGAUCAUGACACACUAUUUCUAAACACGAUUUCGAUUCUCGAGAACCAAACUAUCGCAUACAUUAACCCGUCACUCCACGGCUACCUCUGGCACAUCAAUGCACACUUCCAAUGGAAAGCCCUUAUUCACGUCCUCUCUGAACUCUGCCAUCGCACCACGGGCCCAGAAGUCCAACACGCGUGGGACCAAGUACAGAUCCUCUUCAACUCUCAUCCGCAGUUGAGCGCAGAAACGAGUAAAACUGCAUUUUUGCUGGCUGUAGGGAACCUAACGCUCAGGGCGUGGGAGAAGCGUGUUGCGGCUCGCGUUGUGCCGUUAGAGAGAGAGCCUGCGUUUGUGGGGAGACUGAGGGGGUGGGUGAAUAAAAGGAUGCGAGCGAUAUCUAAGGGGAAAGGAAUGCCGAUGGCAAAUUCUGCCCAAUUUCAUACAUCACAGGGUCUCCGUGACCAUACUGUCCCAGCAGCUACAUCUGCCAUGCCCACUGAGGAGACCUCCACAAGCAACGUAUACCACCAAAACGCUCUAGACUCAUCCGGAAGUACUUCCCAGUAUUCUUACUUGCCUCAGCAACUUCAGCAGCAUGGAGAUCAGCAAUUUGUUCAACCCCUCCCGCUAUCAUCAUCCCUAGGUCCCUCAUUUCUUUUUCAAUCUCCUGCAGAUGAUACAAAUGUCUUCAAUAAUGAGGAUCCCUCGCAGAUGGAUUGGGCGACGUGGAAUUCGCUGCUCGCGGACUUAGACGGCGACAACGAGUAUAUGCGGAAUGACGGUAUAGAUCCCGCUACUUUGGAUAUUGGGUUGGACCUGAAUCUUGGGCUUCGUUAG